AUGCUGCAGCAAGGGUUCUACGACGCGAAUAACCCAGACAAUUGUAGUGGCAGUGAAGCGAACAACAAUACACCCUUCUCGGUGAAGGACAUUCUCAAUAUGGUUGAAUCGGGCGGUGGAACUGUGGAUGGAUACCUCAGUUGUCAAAUGGAAAGCUCAUCGAAUCACUUCUCAUACACCUCAUAUCCCGGCUACGAUGCAACGUAUCAUUCGUCCGAUCCGUACGGCAUGAUAUCGCACAGUUAUCUCUCUCAAGCGCAUCACCAUCACGAUGUACCCUACGGACCUUCGUCGUACGAUUUCAGCCCACCGACGGGUCCUAGUAAUCAGGCUAGUGGGCAUCUUCCUCCUCCGCAUUACUCUCAUGUGCAACCCUUCGUCUACCACAACGCGCCCCUCAGCGCAUCUUGCGUUCUCACUGCGCACGCCACCUCCAGCCCUGCCCUUAGUUCCGUCGCAAGCUCCAAUGGCUCGGAACAGGAGCAAUGUUACGAAGGUUCGACCAAAACAACUCCCCUAUCCUGCAGCAUCAACGGUGGUAGCCAGCAGUGCAGUUAUCAGCUACAGGACGUCCGGGGGAUCAUGCUCGAUGCAAGUCCAUCGUUGGACGAAUUACCAACCACGGGAAGUCCGGGGCAGGGGCAGAAGAUCAAAGUCGAAUCCUUCACCACGACCGGCUCGACAUGUGUCACCUCGGAGCAUGUACAAGAACUGGACAGUUUGUGUCAGAUGAAUAACAGUAACGAUGAGGAGCUUCGGCAAAAAGAGAGCAACACCCAGCUGGUGACAUCGUCGCGGUGUGAACUGCGGAAGAAUGGGAAGCUGCGUGCCAAACGGAAACCUAGAAUUCUAUUCUCCCAAGGCCAGGUGCUGGAGCUGGAACGGAAAUUUCGGCAACAACGCUACCUGACGGCCCCAGAGCGCGAAACGUUGGCCAGCAUUUUGAAGCUCACACCAACGCAGGUGAAAAUUUGGUUCCAGAAUCGACGUUACAAAUCGAAACGGAUACAGAUAGAGGGUGGCCACUCUUCAUCGCUCAAGUGUGACGGCACUUCCACCUCCACCAAGUGUCCUUCCGAUUCGUGCUCCAGCAGCAAGGACUACGAGGAGCUAUCAUUAGGAACCACAUCGACGGGAGCUUAUGGACCACCAGCAUUUCUUGGUAGUAAUUCCGGUAACUCCGGAUCUCUUGCCAUCACCGCUAGCCUUAGCUCUUCGGCAACGUCGAGCGGAAUAGCUCAUCCACCACCACCGCCUUACUCUGCCUAUGGCAUUCACUACUCGGACCAGUACUCGACCCCACCACCUCUACCAGCAUCCUCAGCUAACGCCUCGUACUACGAGCAGAAAGCUACCUACUGGUAG